AGGCAUCCCUGCCACUAGAGCACCACUCAGGAUCUGCUUACACCAAACUCCAGUGCUACCUGCUGACAGCUUAGGGCAGGUCCCAGCACUUGUUUUCUUCAGCAUCAAGGCUGCUCCAGCUUACAAAGCUCAGUCAUCCCCUUUACUCUUUACUUUUUGUGCUUUUCCUUUCAGCUGCCUGGCUUGACAGCUUAACAUGGUUGCCACCUGCUUGCACCUAGUUGGAUUUGUCUCUAGUUUUGUCGGCUGGAUUGGUGUGAUCGUGACAACAGCCACCAAUGAGUGGGUCGUGACUUGUGGCUACACCAUCACCACUUGCAGGAAGAUGGACGAGCUGGGAUCCAAAGGGCUGUGGGCAGAUUGUGUCAUGGCAACAGGGCUCUAUCACUGCAAGCCACUAGUGGACAUCCUCAUAUUGCCAGGCUAUGUCCAGGCAUGCCGAGCACUGAUGAUUGCUGCCACAGUGCUGGGCCUCCCUGCUGUUCUCUUGCUGCUGACUGUUCUGCCUUGUAUUCGGAUGGGCCAUGAGCCUGGAGCUGCCAAGUACCGGCGUUCCCAGCUGGGAGGAAUCCUGCUCAUUCUCUUGGCAUUGUGUGGUAUCGUCGCAACUAUCUGGUUCCCUGUGUCUGCUCACCGUGAGACUACAAUUGUGAGUUUUGGAUACUCCCUUUACACUGGCUGGAUUGGGUCUGCCCUUUGCCUCUUCGGUGGCUCCGUCAUCGUCUGUUGCUCAGGAGAUGCUCAGUCGUUUGGUGAAAAUCGUUUCUACUACGCGUCGGGAUCCAGCUCUCCUACCCAUGCUAAGAGUGCUCAUGUAUAAGCAAUCUUGAGACUCCCAGAGCCUUCAUCAUCACAUGCUUUUACUGGUGGACUUGGGUGCUUUGGGUUUGCUUGUACUGUCACACACCAUUGCCAAGCUCCACAGUAGAGGAUUUAAAAAAAACCCAUCAUGAAUGCCUGAUAAAGCAUGAAACCCCCACUUUUCCCUUAAAAGAAACCUCUAGCAACUCAGACCAGACCAUUCCCCAUUUACUUCUUGCUGAUUAUCCAUCCUAAGCUCUUGCAUUCAUGAUGCUCUUGGAUAGUUCCACGUUAGCUGGUGGUUGUUUAGUUAUUCUUUUUUUCCAGCUCCCCUGAUUAUGGGAGUGUUGAAGAAAAGAGACACUUUCCCACUGUUAAAGUGACUCAGAUAGCUUCUCUGAAUGCAUUACCAUAGGCUUCUCCCCCACUCAAGGUCACUUCUUUGGCAAAGUUAGGAUGGAAAGGGCAGGGACAGGGAGAGACUCUGUGCAUUCCAGGCACACAAAUGUUUCUCUUUUGUAAGAUUGGGGGUGGAGGGAAGGUUGUUUGCCUUUCUCUGUAAAUACUUCUUUUGGAAUUUGAUCAUUUUAGUAACAAUGUUUUUCUAAAUUCAUCAGUAUGAAGGAAAUGAAACCCAAAGGUUUGAAUUACAAGGUAAAUGGUGCAUUUGUAUAUAGCUUUAAAUGACAUGAGGGGGCUCUAAUUCCCACUAUCCAUUUAUUUUUUUGGUACAGAUCAGUUACUAAAAAAAUGUAUUUUUACAUUGAUUUUUUUAAACUUUAUUUUCUUUAUUCCAAUUAAUUUGUGUGCUGACUUGCAUCCUUUUUUUUAACAUGCAGUAUAAUGUACCAGUUACAAACACAGUAAAUUCCAGUGAAUACUGAUGAUGCCUUUGUACUUUAAAUGAAAAUUGUACAAUAAACAACAAAGUAUGUGCAAA